UGAAUUAAGAGACUCAACAAAACAAAGAAAUGACGAUAAAGAGAACGAUGAGAAAUGUGAGGGACUGGAGAGUGAGGGGUGGUUUCUAGGAAAGCCUCCACUGUCACCCCCGCAGCAAAAUGUCCAACCUUUCGAUCAAGGAUCCCCUCCUGGAUACAAUACCUCCCAGUAUCCGGGACAACAGGGGCCUAUGCCGGUAACAGGUCAACCUGGGGUGGGGCAGCCAUUUGGAUACCAUACCACCAACACCACUGUGGUUGUACAGCAACAACAGGUGCCGACUCGACCUUCUAUGAGGGACUGGAGCACUGGUAUCUGUGGAUGUUUCGAGGACAUGGCUUCAUCUUGCGCUGUGACUUGGUGUGCGAAUUGCUAUAUGUGUUACCUCUCAUCAAAGCUUGGAGAAUCUUGUUGUCUGCCAUUUGCUUUCCCAGUAUGUGGUUCUCUGGUUCCUCUCCGAACCAAAGUCCGUGCAGAAAACAACAUUGUCGGCAGUAACUGUGAGGACUGCUGCAUGGUCUACCGGUGCCCCGCAUGCGUCAUGUGCCAGCUGUCGCGUGAACACGAUAACAUCCAGCUGAACCAACAGAUUAUCAUGAGAUGACAUUCUUGAUUUUUUUUUAAGGGAGGGGGUUAUUUAGGCAAAGGGUUUUUUAUUCAUUCUAAGCUGGAACUGGUGUAUAGCGUUUCAUUUCUU